AUGAGAUUAACUGCUGAUCUCUGUCAGUCUGAACUGUUCAAUAUACAAACCAAUGAUUCAGACAAUUUACAGCAGGCUGAAAAGUCUUACUUAAGAGCUGAAGCUAUUUCCAAAGCUUAUGGAUUAACUUUAGAAGAUAUUCUUAAUGUAUCUCCUAAGUUUUGGCAAAUGCAUACUGAUCCCAUCGUACAGAUGGAUGGAGGCGCCACAACUUUGCUGACUAUUCAGUAUAACCUCGUUGUUGGAACAAUUGGUAUGUUUGUAGGAGAGAGAAAGGAUCUUGAACCUCUUCUUCAAGAUUUAGUAGAAUAUAAAACAAUUGGACAAAUUUGUUUAACUGAAUUAGGACAUGGCCUCAAUGCACUCUAUCUACAAACAACUGCAACUUUACAAAGUGAUGGAACUUUCGACCUUCAUACUCCAAAUGAUCAAGCUGCAAAAUAUAUGCCACCAACAAUUCCUGUUCUUGGACGUACUUGUAUUGCUGUAGUAUUUGCUCAAUUGAUUGUUGAAGGUGAACAUAGAGGUCUUCGACCUUUUAUUGUUACUCUUAAUGACGGACAUUGUAUGAGUCCAGGUAUCAAAGCAAAACUUUUACCAAGACGUUCUGGAGCACAUCCUGUCAAUCAUGCCAUUACUUCUUUCAAUCAUGUUCGUCUUCCAUCAACUGCCCUUCUAGGCAAUCUUAAGAAGCCAUCCUCAUUACGUAUACAUUUUCUUCUUUCUAUCAUUCGUGUUAGUGUUGGCACUCUUGCUCUAAGUUCCAGUGCUUUACCCGGUUUGCAGAUUGCAUCUCAUAUUGCUUAUCAUUACAGUAUUCGACGGACAAUAUAUAAUCAUGAUGGCAGUCAAAUUAAUAUUCUCUCUUUUCGAACACAACAAAUUCCUGUUUUCACAGCAGUUGCACAAUGCUACGUUCUUCAAGCAUUUACAAAACAUUCCAUAAAUUAUUUUAUUGAUCAAUCACUUGAUCCUCGUUCAAGACAUGGUGUUGCUACAAUAUAUAAAGCUGUCUGCUUGCAACAUUCUCAAUCAUCGCAACUAGAACUUUCUGAACGUUGUGGAGCUCAGGGCCUUUUCGGUUACAAUCAAAUCAUCACUCAAUAUUGCAAUACACAAGGAAUUGCGAUCGCCGAGGGAGAUAUCCUUGUCCUUACAAUUCGUCUUGUUAGCGAACUUUGCAUUGGAAGAUAUUCCCUUCCUCAAACAUCCAAUCCAGAAAGCCUUCUGGCUAAACAUGAAGCUAGUGUAUUUGAAGAGUGUCACGCUAUUGCUAAACAGUAUGGACAUCGUAGUAAAGAGUUCUCAUCCUAUGUUUUGCCUAAAUGUCGAUCCGUUAUUGAGGCUAUGGGACAUCGUGCGGCGUAUGAUGCUGCAGUAGCUGAUGAAGUACCUCAAACAUUGAUCGACAUCUAUAUCUGCCAUGUUAUCAAGCUUGAUCUUGCAUGGUACAUCGAAAAAGGACUCCUUACACGCGCACAAUUCACUCAUAUGGAAGCAGAAGCAUUCGAAAAAGCCGUUCCAUUGAUGCAUGAUUGGGUAGAACAAAUGGAUGUUGGAUCGUAUAUCAAGGCACCCAUUGUCAGUGAUGACAGAUGGGCAAAAUUCGGUAAUGAUGAUCUUGAUGAUUUACUUGGUGAAUUUAAUAUACGAAAAAGUUUAGGUGAACGUCUCUGUUUAUUAGAAGAUUAUAAAAUAAUAAUUGUUUGUGAUGAUUCUGGAUCAAUGAAUACAACUAUUGAUGGUAGUCAAGAUACUCGAUGGGAUGAACUUUGUUCGAUUGUUAAAUUAUUAAUAGAAAUUUGUAUGUUAUUUGAUUCUAAUGGUAUUGAUAUUUAUUUUCUUAAUCGAGGACGUUUUCUUAAUGUAAAAACUUCUGAAUUUGUUGAUAAAAUAUUUUCGAAUCGUCCACGUGGUUAUACACCAUUAGUACCUAUAUUAAAGAAGAUAUUUAAAUCAUCAUCAACUCGUAUAAAUGCAGAUCAUAGAAAAACUCUUGUAUUUAUUGCGACAGAUGGUGCACCAACGGAUGAAAAAGGACAUGUUAAUUUGGAAGAACUUGAAUGUUUAAUGAAUAUAGAACGUGAAAUAGAAACAACUCAUGUCAUGUUUUUAUUAUGCACUGAUGAUCCAAUUUAUAAUGAUUGUUUAACUGAUUGGGAUAAUAAAAUGAUCAAUAUGGAUGUUACAGCCGAUUACAUAACAGAAAAAGAAAAAAUUCAUACAUAUCGUGGUAAAAAUUUUCCAUUUUCAAAAGGCGAUUAUGUUGUUAAAGCAUUACUUGGUGCUAUUGAUCCGGAUAUUAAUAAUCUUAAUCAACCUGAUGAAGAUAUUUUUCUUCAUCAAUAA